UAAUAUUUAUAAUAUAUUUAUUUAAUAAAUAUUAUAUUGCAUGAGUUUGAGUAGAGGAGAGGAGAAUCACCUAGUUUUUUUGAAACUCUUUUGGAGGAGAAUCACCUGGCUCUAGCUAGAUUGGUUAAUGAGAACACAAUUGUUUACCCUAGGAAACGGCGUGUUCGUAUUGAUCAGCGCAACACCAAUGAGUACUCAGUAGAGAACAACUAGACCAGCUCGAGAUUUUUGAUAUUUAGGUUCUUAACCCGUUAGAAAUAUUGAAUUUCUCGUCGUUAUGCCUAUUAUUUGAUCAACCUAUCUUUUGUGCCUUGCCGUCUUGCCGACCUACAAAUCAUACAAUGAGAUAUCAAAGAUCCAGAGCAUUCGGAGCUGACGCUGGAGGAGCUCCGCGUGAUUACAGAAGAAUCUUGAAGUUGAUGAUGAGUUACGUUAGAGUUAGACUCACGCCAACUCUUCCACAUUGUCACGUCUGCCACCUUAUUGGCCUUUGCAUCUACACAAACUUCUCAAAAGCCAUCCUUCUCGAUUUAAGGUCGAUUAGAGUAGCACCAGGGAGUCAUGCAACCGAGGCUGCAGGUACAAUAUUUCAGACUACUCUUGUUAGUUGGAAUAAAACAGUCUGUUACUCAAAUUGCAGUCAAUAAACAACUAAGCGAUAAAGAGCGGUAGCACUUGAUUCUGGAUUCGGUCUGAUUCUCGACACAUCGUUUAGGAUUUUAAGUUUUUAACUAUACUUUCUUGUUUCAGUCUCUUAUCUGAUAACAACAUUAGCCUUGUAAUUGAUUUUUGCUGUGUUUUUCUUCCAACUUCAUUCUCUAUUUAAUUACAACUUGUGAUUACUACAUCAUUAGAGUCUGGACAGAGGUGUUAGUUAAGCUUUACAUCAUCAUGGUGUAAUUUUGGCGAGUUUAAGUUUGUUCUUAAACUAACUUGAGCUUUGAACAUAAAAUUAGGCUCAACAAAGCAGUAGAUGAUGGACCUUAAAC